UUCAAUAGACAAAUUAGUUAGACACAAUUAGUGUAUUACUAAUUAAAAUUGAUAUGUUUAUUCAAAUAUGAACAUCAAUAUUUUGAACUAUUGUUUUAAAUGAGUCAUUUUUAUAUUAUGGACUUAAGAUUUUAUGAAAACUCAUCGAUCAAAUCCAACCAUAAAUCUAUAUUUCUUAAAAUUUUAUUAUGGAAUAAUGUUAAUUCUAAACGUUUAGAUUCUAUUACGCUUUAAAAAUAUUCAUUAAAGUAAAUAAUUAUGGAUCAAAAUCUUGAGAAUGCUAAAAAAGCAGCUUUCAAAGCAGUGCAAUUUGACCAAGAAGGACAACACAGAAAAGCCUUGUGUUGGUAUAAUGUUGUUGUUAGAUUUCUUGGAAAAUUGUCUGAUGCUAAUUUUACUCAAAAAAUUAAUGAAUACAACCUGAGGAUAAAUACUUUAAAAAAUCUAGUGUCUGAAGAUGAUAAAGUGUCACAGCCUGAAGCAGGAUUGCAACAGGUUAAAAGUCUUAUCAAUGAAGCAAUAGAUGCUGACGAGCAAGGUUGGAAACCUAUAGCUAUAAUGUUAUACAUUGAUGCAGCUGAACUUGGGCUUGAAAUUAAAAAAAAAACAACUGAUGAGAGUAUGAAAGGAAAAUUAACAGAUUUGAGUAACAAAGCAAUAUCACGAGCUGAAGAAUUAGAGGGAAUAGAUAAGAAAAAAAUUUUUGAUCCUUUACCACUUCUAAAAAAUUUACCUUCUGUUCCCGAAACACUUCCACUAUCACCAACUGACUCUGUUCAUUCUCCUUCAACUUCCACCGAAACUCAUUCUACGGGAACAUCGCCUAGGUUUACACUACAUCGAGGAAGUAGUGCCCACCUGAAAGUUACUGGAGGAAGUGAAAAUUAUACUGAAGAAGAGAAAAUUGUUCUUCUUACUACUUCUCACAUAAAUGAUAAUGAAUUUGUUCCGUUCAUGAGCGUAGAUUUGAUGGAAAAAUUCAAAUUUCGGUCAUUAUUUGUUGAUAAAGAUGGCUUACUAGAGUUAGCACCAAAACAGAAAAUAGAUUUCGCACGAUGGGCACGUCCUAGUGAAUUAUUUACAGAACCAAAGAUGUUGAUGAACAAUAAUGUAGAUUAUUAUAGCAUCAGACAAACAGUUAUUUCUGAUUGUUCCUUUGUUGCGUCAUUAGCAGUCAGUGCUCAGUAUGAAAAAAAAUUUGGACGUCGAUUAAUUACAUCAAUAAUUUAUCCUCAAAAUGCUAAUAAAGUUCCUAUUUACAAUCCUUAUGGUAAAUACAUGGUAAAACUUAAUUUAAAUGGUGUACCUCGAAAAGUUAUUAUUGACGACUUGCUUCCUGUUGGAAGGGAAAAUCAACUCUUAUGUUCAUAUUCAAAUAAUCGUGGUGAACUUUGGAUUUCUUUGCUGGAAAAAGCAUAUAUGAAGGUUAUGGGGGGUUAUGAUUUCCCUGGAUCUAAUAGCAAUAUUGAUCUACAUGCUCUUACUGGUUGGAUUCCUGAAAGAUGGGCAAUCAGACCCUUAGAACCCGAUUUCAAUGCUGAUGCAUUAUUUAAAAUUCUGUUGGAAAGGCUUCACGCUGGUAAUGUUUUAGUAACUGUUGCUACCGGUGAACUAUCAGAUGAAGUUACUGAAAAAACGGGUCUAGUCUCGAGCCAUGCUUACGCUGUUUUGGAUGUUCGACUGAUUGAUGGAAUGAAACUUUUGCAGCUAAAAAAUCCUUGGUCUCAUUUACGAUGGCGUGGAAAUUUUUCUGAGUAUGAUACUAAACAUUGGACACCUCACUUGAAACGACUACUGGAUUAUGAUCCAGAUUCAGCAAUCGAAUAUGACAAUGGCGUAUUCUGGAUUGAUUAUAAAAGUAUUUGCCACUUUGCUGAUGUUUUUUACCUCAACUGGAAUCCAGCAUUAUUUCAAUACACUUACUGUAUACAUCAGAUGUGGAAAGCAGGAAUAGGACCAAUUAAAGAUGCUUAUAAUAUUGGUGAUAAUCCACAAUUUACUUUAGACGUUCAACCAGGAGUUUCAGGCGCUGUUUGGAUAUUGUUAACAAGACAUAUAACUGAAAUUUCGGAUUUUCGACAGAACCAAGAAUAUAUUACUGUUUUAGUUUAUAAAAAUAAUGGAAAAAGAGUUUAUUAUCGUAAUGACCCACCGCCUUACAUUGAUGGUGUUAGAAUAAAUAGUCCUCAUUAUUUAUCGAAAAUUAUAUUAAGUCCUGACAGUGAAUCAAAGUAUACUCUGGUUGUUUCUCAGUAUGAGAAAAUGAAUACUAUUUAUUAUACUUUGAGAGCGUAUGGAACUUGCCCAUUUUCCCUCAAAAAAAUCUCCGAGCCUUAUCACCAUAAAAAAGAGAUUACAAACGGCCAGUGGAAAGAUGAAAGCGCCGGUGGAUGUAGCAAUCAUCCAGCUACUUAUCAAAAUAAUCCACAUUAUUUACUUGAAUUAAAGAGCACUAAUGACAGUAAUUGUCUUUUAAUCAUUUUAAAAGGCCCAAAGCAAUAUCAGAUUGGAUUUGAAUUAGUUACUAUUGAACUAAAUAAUCCCGAGGCCCCAUCAGCUUUUGUUGCCAAAAAUUCCGGACCAUUCAGGUCUGGUUUUGUAUAUAUGGAACUAGAGGAUGUACCUUCAGGAUCGUAUCAUAUAAUUCCAGCUACUUUUUUACCAGGACAAGAAGGCCCUUUUUUUCUUACUUGUAAAGCUUCAUGUGCACUUAAUUUAACUAGAAUAAGUUAAUGCAUCUAUUCAGAGAGGAUAGACAAAUAUAGAGAUCCAACAUAAAUGGACGCUUUUUUACACGUAUUGAUCGAAAUUUUAUAUGGGGAAACCUGUUGACCCGAACUUCGUCCGGAUUUUUAACCCAGGGUUGAACUUCUAUACCAGUCCCUCUUCUCUGAUAUAUUAAUAUUUAAAUACAAUUUUUUAUAUCUAAAUCGACUUUUAACACUAUAAUUUAAUUAAAAAAUUGCAAUGAAAAUAAAUUUAAUUUCUUUAAA